AAUGACAAUGUUAGGGAAAGAAAUAUACUAAUGUGAUACACAGAAAUAACAACACAUUAGAGGGAGGAAUUGAAAUUUAAUCUUGUUAACAUUGCUGCCCCUCCAUAGAGGUUCUUCAAUUGUUAACAAGAAUAAAUUCAAACUCACACCAUCUAGUAACAACAAAGAAAUCAACCAAUUGGAGAAUCUGCCUCUCUUAUAAGAGGGAGGUUCUCCAUUUGUUCAUUACAAAUUCAACCCUCCAAUGGAAUCAAGUAAUUUCAGGAAAGCCAUUGGAGCAUUCAAGGAUCAUACCAGCCGAACAUUAGCCAAAGUUGCCACGUUUUCUAAUCUUCGAGUCGCCAUUGUUAAGGCCACUGAUCACAAAGUAUGUCUUGCAAAAGAGCAUCACAUCCGCGAAAUCUUAACCCUCACGUCGUAUUCGCGGUGUCAUGCAGCUUCUUGUGUUUCAACCAUCGCUCAACGCCUAUGCAAGACCAAAGAUUGGGUUGUGGCCAUAAAAGCACUCAUCUUGAUCCAACGUCUUAUGCAAGAAGGAAACCCUUUGUUUAUGCAAGAGAUUUUCAUUACAACAUAUAAUGGCACUCACAUAUUGGACAUGUCAGAUUUUCGAGAUGCUGCCUGGGCUAACUCAUGGGAUUUUUCGGCUUUCGUGAGGGCAUAUGCUUUGUAUCUCCGUGAGCGACUCGAUUCCUGGAUAGUGGAAUGCGACCGAACAUAUGAGUUAUUUUCCUAUACAGAUGGUGAAGAAGAGGAGCAUCUAAGCCCUGGAACCAUUGUUAUUAGAACAACUCCUGUUUGGAAAAUGCAAAACAACCAAAUUUGUUCACGAAUACAGUAUUUGAUGAAACAACUUGAUUUCUUACUUGGCUGCCAACCUACAGGUGCUGCAAAGAAUAAUAGGAUUGUGGCACUGGCUUUAUAUCCACUUGUGAAGGAAAGUUUCCAGCUUUACUAUGACAUAACGGAGAUCGUUUUUAUAUUGCUGGAUCGUUUUGAAGAACUCGAUGUAGUAGACUCCAUGAAGGUUUUUGAGGUAUUAUGUCAAGUGGCAAACCAAUAUGAAGAACUCGAAACUUUUUACUAUUGGUGCAAUGAUGCCUGCAUUGCAAAGACUUCCGAUUAUCCAGAGAUAAACAAAAUUUCACAAAUGAAACUAGAUGAAAUGGACCUGUUUAUCAAACAAAAAAUAGAAAUAAAGCAACAAGAACUGAUUCAUGUACCAGAGCUUCAGCUCGAGCCUAAGCCUAAGCCUGAGCCUGAGCCUGAGCCUGAGCAAGAGCAAGAGCAAGAGCCUGAGCCUGAGUCUGAACAACAGGCUACACCACAUGUUAUUUCAGUUGAGCUAGUGCCAACAACCGAAGGAUAUAAAGAAGAGAAAAAAGACACAAAGACUCAAGAUAUAGGUGAUUUGUUAUGUUUUGGAGAUGAUGCUCCAACAACACAAGAAAAUUCAGACCAAUUGGCUCUAGCAUUAUUUGGCUGUGGUUUAGUGGCCGAAGCUUCAGAAAAAACCGGAACUCAACCAUGGGAACCCUUCAACGAGUCUGCCGAUUGGGAAACUACUCUGGUUCAAACCGCAAGUCAAUUAUCAAAACACCAACCAUCCCUUCUUGAAGGGUUUGAUACAUUGCUUCUUGAUUCAAUGUACCAACAAGGAGCAACACAAGUUGCUGCUAAUUCAGGAACAAUGACCACUGGAAGUGCAAGCAGUGUUGCCUUUGGAAGCACUGGAAUGCCAACACCACUAGCAUUGAUGCCGCCACCUUCAGCCAAUGGCACCUCACAAGGUGAAGACCCCUUUACUGCCUCGUUUGCAGUACCACCACCUUCAUACGUGCAGCUGUCGGAUAUGGAGAAGAAGCAAAGGUUAUUAGUGGAAGAGCAGAUGAUGUGGAAACAACAUCAAGGACAAGUGGGAAUGGCUAAUAUGUAUAUGAAGCAGUCUGUAUAAAACAUGGUUGGUUACACAUAUCAGUAAUAAUAUAUUGGGACAAUAGAUAUAUGGACACUUAUGAACACUAGCCUUUG